AUGUCGCGCUUCGCUUCAUUCGUUCUUCCCGUUGGACUGCUAUGGCUAUCUUUGUACGACGUCGUAUACUCCCUCGCUCUCCCUGAGGAUGUCUCGGCCGCACCGCGACAAGGGAAGCGCGAGGUCAACGCACCCAGUAGGGCCGGCAGCGCUGACACCAUUCCAAUGCCAUUAAUUGCAAGCCUAUUCGAAAGCGUCAACAAACCCAAUGACCCGAAUCCGGAGUUGAACAUCGAAGCUGUGCAAAUGAACCACGAUACCCGAGCGUCGCUCGAUCUGAAUUCGAGAGCAUCCUCUGAUAAUCCCAGCAUCGAGGAUACCGGACCAACACAUUCUCCCGGGCGCGCCAUCACGGGCGGCGUUGUCGGCGGACUAGGGCUGAUAGCUCUCAUCGCACUUGUGCAUUUCAUAUGGCGCCGACGACGUCAGAGGCGUGCAUCGGAGAAGCUUGCUGAGCUGUUAGCGCCGAGGCGGGGGACUGGGGGAUUGAGGGCAAGCGUGCUGACACAGGCAGAACCACCCAUCGCUACUCCAGCGCGAGUACGGAAAAGUGCGGGUUUCGCGCCUUCGUUCGAGAUCAGGACACCGCACGGCGUCAUACCCUCUCGUACGGCAUCUUUCCCUCCAAACGGUCUCCAGGUGGCCACCCACGAUGUUCAUACCGACGAGCCGAUUCGCGCUUUGCGGCAUCCUACUGAAGUUCGCUGA